UUGUAGUUUACAAGGGAUACAGCUUCUGAAUCAAAAUGUUCGGAUCAUCUAUUGGAUUGAUAGGUGCUCGAUUAUGCCGAAAACGUUGCCAACGAUAUCUUACAUCAAAACAAUUAAUGUACGAAAAGUAUGGACAUCCACCAGAUGUGUUGAAUUUAAUAACAAAAGAAGUGGGAAAAGUUGGUGCUGGUGAGGUACGAGUACGUUGGAUGGGUGCACCUAUCAAUCCAGCGGAUAUAAAUCAAGUGCAAGGAGUUUAUCCAUCAAAACGGCCAUUACCUGCUGUUGGUGGAAUAGAAGGAUUUGGCGAGGUUGAAGAAGUUGGAAGUGAGGUAACGACUUUGCGUACCGGUGAUUGGGUUGUGCCAGGUCUUUCAGUUGGUGGUAGUUGGAGGACACUUGGGAAACACUGCGAAAGAGAUCUUUUUAAAAUCGCAAACGAUUUACCGUUCGACUCAGCAGCUACACUUCAGGUUAAUCCUCCGACAGCCUACAGAAUGUUGAAAGACUUUGUGAAUUUGAAACCCGGUGAUUUAGUUGUCCAAAAUGGUGCAAAUUCGAAUGUCGGUCGUUAUGUAAUACAGUUGUGCAAAUUAUGGAAUAUCCGAACUGUAAAUGUUGUACGUAAUCGUGACAAUAUUGAUGCACUUGUUCGAGAAUUGAAACAAAUUGGUGCCGAUGAAGUGUUCACGGAGGAAGAAAUGCCGAAAGAAUCGAGGGAUAAAGCUAAAAAUGCUCAGUUAGCGCUGAAUUGUGUCGGUGGUCGGAGUGCAUUGAUGUUAUCAACUUGUCUUUCCAGUAAAGGAGUAAUGGUUACUUACGGUGGAAUGAGCAAGAAGCCUAUUGAGAUCCCAACUGGAUCACUCAUAUUUAAAGAUAUUAAAUUGGUGGGUUUUUGGAUUUCUCAGUGGUACGCAACUCGAAGCAGCAAAAAGGAUCGCGAUGCAAUGUUUGAAGAACUGCAGGACUUAAUAAAACAUGGAAAACUUCAUCCACCAAAAGUCAGUAAAGUGAAGUUUGAAGAUUGGAAAACAGCAAUCACUAAUGCGAUGAAUUCAUCAGGGACAAAGCAGCUUUUUGUUAUGCAAUAGGUUGUUAACCAUUAUUUCAUUAAGUUUUCGUUGUUUUUCUGUUUCAUUCACAAGUCCCUUUCUUUCUUAGUUUUUUCUGCAUUUUAUUGUUCUACAUUUUUGAAGUUGGAAACUUCACGAGUUCUUUAACAUUGUGUGCAUUAUAGGGGGUGGG